AUGACUAGUGAAAGCAACGGUACUCAUACUACCAUACCAAAGUGGAUCGAGCCCAAACUUUUUGAAAAACUCUUAGAAGAUAAUGUUGAAAACUAUAACAGCAUCAAAGAAUUUAUAGUUAAACCCGGCAUUGCAGCUGGAGAAAAUUAUGCCACAGUUAUGUUAAAAGUGGAAAUUGAAGUUGAAUUGAAAGAUUUGUCCACAAAAUCUCAAAGUUUUAUGCUGAAAGUCAAUCAUGAUAAUGAACAACUACUAGAAAUGAUGAAAGGUCACGAUGUAUUCGAUAUGGAAAAGAGCAUGUAUGAUGAAAUUGUACCAGCAUUUGAAAAACUGUAUGCUGACGUUGGAGUAGAAGUGAAUUUUGGUGCCAAAUCCUAUAAUUUAUCCAUAAAUAAACAAUAUAUUUUAUUGGAAAAUUUAUGUCCACGUGGCUUUAGAAAUGCUAAUCGCCUGGAGGGUCUGGAUAUGGAACACACAGAAUGUGUUCUGAUAAGGUUGGCUCAGUGGCAUGCUGCUUCAGCGGUACUUGUUGCAGAUAAAGGUCCACUUGAAGAUAAAUAUAUAAAGGGUUAUUUCCAUGAAGAAGGCAAAGAUAUUAUGAAACAUAUAUUCGAGGGAAUGGGACAAAAUUUUAUUGAUUGUGCUAAAAACUACAGCAACUAUAAUGAAUAUGCAGAUGAUAUUAACUCUUUUAACAGCAAAAUGUUUGAUGAGUUGUACGCCACGUCUAAACCCAAUCCAAAUGAAUUUAAUGUUUUAAAUCAUGGCGACUGUUGGUCGAACAAUGUCAUGUUCCAAUACGAUGCUUUUGGCAAGAUCAAAGAAACUUAUUUAAUUGAUUUCCAAAUGUCAAAAUAUGGUACACCAGCUCAAGAUUUAUACUAUUUCCUAUUAUCGUCGACGAACUAUGAAAUCAAAAUUAAACAUUUCGAUUAUUUUAUAAAAUUCUAUCAUGACAAUCUGGUCGAACAUCUUAAGUUGUUGAAUUAUAGCAAACAAAUUCUAUCUUUAACUGAAUUACACAAAAUGCUGUUCAAAUAUGGUGUUUGGGGUUAUUCGACCAUUACUGGAGUUAUGGCGGCUGUACUUUUAGAACCCACAAAUACUGCCAAUUUGGAGAACUUCAUUGGGGAUUCGGAUGCAGGUUUGGCUUUUAAGAAAUUGAUGUAUUCAAAUGAACGUUAUCGCAAGCAUGUGGAAGCGUUGUUGCCUUGGUUAAAAAAUCGUGGUGCUAUGUGUAUAAGUAGUAGUUUUUAA